AGUCACAUUUGUCAAGCAUAACUCAAGCAAUAUGGCCGAUUUCAACGCUAUCCUCGAGAAGACCAAGGCCUUCAGCAAGAAGCCCCCAACGGAGGUGUACCUGGAGUUCUAUGGCCUGUACAAGCAGUUCCAGGAGGGCGACAUUAACAUCGAGAAGCCCGCUGAUGCCGAGGGUGCCGCUAAGUACGAUGCCUGGCUGAGCCGCAAGGGACUGUCCGUCGAUGACGCCAAGGCCGCCUACGUCGCCCUGUACGAGAAGUACAACCCCAUCUACGGAUAAGCUACAGUUUAUGGCCCACUCUGAUACCAACCAAUAAAUCUUGACCAUCUGUGAACU